AGCGUGCGCUGCCCGAGGCGUGAGUCACCCGGGACGCCUCCGCUCAGAGCAGCCCCGCAGCCUGCUCGGUGCGCCUCUGCCGCUCUCGCUGUCCCGCAUUCAGAGACGCAGCAUGGCGGGCAUCGCAGCCAAGCUGGUGAAGGACCGCGAGGCGGCCGAGGGGCUGGGCUCUCACGAGAGGGCUGUCAAGUACCUCAACCAGGACUACGCGGCCCUUCGGGACGAGUGCCUGGAAGUGGGCGCGCUCUUCCAGGACCCCUCCUUCCCAGCCAUGCCCUCCUCGCUGGGCUUCAAGGAGCUGGGACCUUACUCCAGCAAGACCCGGGGCAUCGAGUGGAAGCGGCCCACGGAGAUCUGCGAGGAUCCCCAGUUCAUUAUGGGAGGAGCCACCCGCACUGACAUCUGCCAAGGCGCCUUGGGUGAUUGCUGGCUACUGGCAGCCAUCGCUUCUCUCACCCUGAAUGAGGAAGUGCUGGCGCGUGUUGUCCCCAUGGACCAGAGCUUCCAGGAGAACUACGCUGGCAUCUUCCACUUCCAGUUCUGGCAGUACGGCGAGUGGGUGGAGGUGGUGGUGGACGACAGGCUGCCUACCAAGGACGGGGAGCUGCUGUUCGUGCACUCUGCUGAGGGGAGUGAGUUCUGGAGUGCCCUGCUUGAGAAGGCCUAUGCCAAGAUCAAUGGGUGUUAUGAAGCCCUCUCGGGGGGCUCCACCACCGAGGGCUUUGAGGACUUCACCGGAGGCAUCGCCGAGUGGUACGAGCUGAGGAAGGCUCCUCCUAACCUCUUCACCAUCAUUCAGAAGGCACUGCAGAAAGGUUCCCUGCUCGGAUGCUCCAUCGAUAUCACCAGUGCUGCAGACUCAGAAGCCAUCACUUUCCAGAAGCUGGUGAAAGGACAUGCGUACUCGGUCACUGGGGCAGAGGAGGUGGAAAGCAAUGGAAGUCUGCAGAAGCUGAUCCGCAUCCGAAACCCCUGGGGGGAGGUGGAGUGGACCGGGAAGUGGAAUGACAACUGCCCAAAUUGGAACACUGUGGACCCUGAGGUUCGGGAGAAUCUGACCAGACGGCAUGAAGAUGGAGAAUUCUGGAUGUCUUUCGGUGACUUCCUGCGACACUAUUCCCGCCUGGAGAUCUGCAACCUGACCCCAGACACCCUUACCAGCGAGUCCUACAAGAAGUGGAAGCUCACCAAGAUGGAUGGGAACUGGCGGCGGGGCUCCACCGCAGGAGGCUGCAGGAACUAUCCGAAUACUUUCUGGAUGAACCCCCAGUACCUUGUCAAGUUGGAGGAGGAAGAUGAGGAUGAGGAGGACGGAGAGCGAGGCUGCACCUUCCUGGUGGGCCUGAUCCAGAAGCACCGGCGGCGGCAGAGGAAGAUGGGGGAGGAUAUGCACACCAUCGGCUUUGGCAUCUAUGAGGUCCCAGAGGAGUUCACAGGGCAGACUAACAUCCACCUCAACAAGAGCUUCUUCCUGACGCACAGAGCCCGGGAGCGCUCAGACACCUUCAUCAACCUCCGCGAGGUGCUCAACCGCUUCAAACUGCCCCCGGGAGAGUACAUCCUGGUGCCAUCCACGUUUGAACCCAACAAGGAUGGAGACUUCUGCAUCCGGGUCUUCUCUGAAAAGAAAGCUGACUACCAAGUUGUCGAUGAUGAAAUUGAGGCCAACAUUGAAGAGAUUGACAUCAUGGAAGAAGAUAUUGACGAUGGCUUCCGAAAACUGUUUGCUCAGCUGGCAGGGGAGGAUGCAGAGAUCUCUGCCUUUGAGCUGCAGACCAUCCUGAGGAGAGUUCUAGCAAAGCGCCAGGAUAUCAAGUCAGAUGGCUUCAGCAUUGAGACUUGCAAGAUCAUGGUAGACAUGCUCGAUUCGGAUGGGAGUGGUAAGCUGGGCCUGAAGGAGUUCUACAUUCUCUGGACGAAGAUUCAAAAAUACCAGAAAAUUUACCGAGAAAUUGAUGUGGACAGGUCUGGCACUAUGAAUUCCUAUGAGAUGAGGAAAGCCUUAGAAGAAGCAGGUUUCAAGCUGCCCUGUCAACUCCACCAAGUCAUUGUGGCCCGGUUUGCAGACGACGAACUCAUCAUCGACUUUGACAAUUUCGUUCGGUGUUUGGUUCGACUGGAGACGCUGUUCAAGAUAUUCAAGCAGCUUGACCCUGAGAACACUGGGACCAUAGAACUGGACCUCAUCUCUUGGCUCUGUUUUUCAGUACUCUGA